AUGCUUCAAAUGGGUUCCAUUUUUCAUAAUGCAAAGACGACUACCACGAAACCAAACAAGCCGAUAGAACUCUUCGUAAAUGGUGUGAAGUCGGACAUCACUGCUAAUGCAUUGCGGAAACACUUUGCAAAGUUUGGAGAAGUUCUAGCUGUGAAUAUGUCCAUAAACCCGUCAACCAACAACCAUUGUGGAAAUGGAUACAUUAAAUUACGUCCAAAAGGACAGGUGAAGUGUAUUCUGGACAGUGAGCAUGUGAUCCGUGGCAUUCAGAUUAAUGUAGAAGAAUGCGACGCAAGUGAUGAAUCUAGUGAUGCGAAGGCGACUACCGCAAAGCCAAAGAAGCCGAUAAAACUCUUCGUAAAUGGUGUGAAGUUGGAAAUCACUGAAAAUGCGUUGCGGAAGCACUUUGCAAAAUUUGGAGAGGUUCUGGAUGUGAAUAUGUCCAUAAAUCCGUCAACCAACAACCAUUGUGGAAAUGGAUACAUUAAGCUGCGUCCAAAAGGGCAGGUGAAGUCUAUUCUGGACAGUGAGCACGUGAUCUGUGGCGUCCAGAUUAAUGUAGAGGAGUGCGACUCAGGUGAUGAAUCUGGGUAA